AUGUGUGGAGAAGUCACAUCUUAUCACACACCAGACACCAGAGGAUUCACACUGGAGAGAAGUCAUAUCAGUGUUCUGAAUGUGAUAAAGCUUUUACACAGAAGUCAAAUCUUAUCAGACACCAGAGGAUUCACACUGGAGAGAAGCCAUAUCAGUGUUCUGAAUGUGAUAAAGCUUUUACUCAGUGAAGUCACAUCUUAUCACACACCAGAGGAUUCACACUGGAGAGAAGUCAUAUCAGUGUUCUGA